ACUUAACCGGCGCACUAGGAACUUCCGUCCAGCUCAUUUCUUCUGCAUCAUUAAAGUUGACAUGAAAAACAUACAAAGUUUUUAAAGUUCAAAGUCUCUGACAAAAAAACGACAGUUGACGCCGCCGGUUACUGCCUUCCUUCCAUAUGACUUCACUAACAAUCAUCGCCCGUGUAGCGGACGGACUGCCGCUCGCUGCGUCCAUACAGGAGGACGAACAGUCAGGAAGAGACCUCCAGCAGUACCAGAGCCAAGCCAAGCAGCUGUGCCGUAAACUGAAUGCCCAAAGUCCGGACCGCUGUACCCUGGAGGCCGGGGACAUGAACUUCCACUAUUUAAUAGCGCAGGGCGUGUGCUACCUUUUCCUCUGUGAGGCUUCAUUUCCCAAAAAGAUGGUGUUUGCAUACCUUGAAGACCUCCACAGUGAGUUCCAUGACCAGUACGGAAGAAGAGUACCCACAGUAACAAGACCGUACUCCUUCAUCGAGUUUGACACUUACAUCCAGAAAACAAAGAAGUCCUACAUUGACAGCAGGUCCAGGAGGAACUUUGGCAGUAUUAACACAGAGCUACAGGAUGUCCAGAGAAUUAUGGUGGCAAACAUUGAGGAAGUUCUGCAAAGAGGAGAAUCUCUUUCUGCGCUAGACACAAAAGCCAGCAAUCUGUCCGGUCUAUCGAAGAAGUACCGCAGCGAUGCCAAAUACCUCAACACCCGCUCGGCUUAUGCCAAGUUGGCUGCUGUGUCGGUGUUCUUCAUCACACUCAUCAUCUAUGUGCGUUUCUGGUGGCUCUGAUGGACUUUAACAUAAGGGAGAGGGUGUGUCAUUUUG